AUGGAUGCAAUUGCGAUUCUCGAUAGAACCGCGAGCUGUUUGAUCAGUAGAAGCUACACUGGGACGCUGGUGGAUGUCGAGACUGUUGUGAGGGCGUUCUGUAGCGCUAAGGAACAGAACGAUGCGCCGGUUGUCACCGUUGGCGAGUUCCGCUACGCCUACAUCACCAAUAACGAUCUGAUCCUGCUUGCAAUAGUACAUCACGACAAUACGAAUGCGAUGAUGCUCUUCAGCUUUCUCUACAAGUUUGACGAGAUCCUCAAGAGCUACUUCAAGACCAAGGAUCUGAACAGGGAUCUCAUCACCGAUAACUUCAACUUGAUAUACGAGCUGUUGGACGAGAUCAUGGACUACGGCAUACCGCAGCUGACAGACAUACCCAUUCUGAGGGACGUGAUCAAGUUGGAGGUCCAGCAGAACGAGGAAGAGGCUCCAAAGCCCGCAGAUGACGAUGACCAGCAGGUCAAUUCGAGUAUCUUGAAGACAACGACAACUUCGAUCAGCUGGAGGCCUAGAGGUAUCUUCUAUAAGAAGAACGAGCUCUUUGUUGACGUUGUCGAGAAGAUCUCUCUCUACGUGGAUGCAAACUCACGUGUUAUACGGCACGAGAUACACGGUAGCAUCGACGUUAAGUGCUAUCUCUCAGGAAUGCCCGUGUUGAAGUUGGGGCUCAACAAGCUGAUCGACACGGAGAAUUCUGCCUUUUUCAAGAAACUACAGUUCCAUCAGUGCGUUGAGCUUCCAAAGUUCUCGAGUGACAGGAUCAUAUCGUUCACACCACCGGAUGGUGAGUUCCAACUGUGCCAUUAUUCACUGACCAUCAAGACAUCACCCAUUGUUGAGAUCAUAGAGAACGAAUUCAUUGAAAAGACCGGUAAAUUGUUCACCAAGAUCACGAUAAGGACGAACUUCAAGCUGAGAGCACAAUUGACAUACCUGUGUAUCAAGAUCCCCAUUGAUCUACAACACUAUGACAUAGAUUUUGGCUCCAUGCCAAAGUUUAGGUGCAAACUGGGGAAGGUUGCGUACAAAUUCGACGAUGACUGUAUUGUCUGGAAUCUACAGAGCGUUGGUGGUGAACGGACGUAUACAAUGAUGUCGCAGUUUGAUCUGAAGAGACCAGAUGAUAACACGAAAGUCGUCAACUUGGGUAUGGAUCCACCACCAAAGAUCACUCAUCCAAGAUUCGACAAGAUCAAGGAGAUUGUCGAUGAAGAAAAUGAACGGGAAACGAACAACAAAGAGAUAACAAUGGCAUUUGAGCUUCCAGAUUUGACAUUCAGUUCUUUAAAAGUGGAAUACCUCAGUAUCACAGACGAUGUUUUAGAGUAUACUUCAUUUCCAUGGGUUAGAUAUAAAACUUUGAACGCUGACUAUGUGUAUAGAUUGUGA